CAAUGGAAGAGAAAAAAUAUAAGUAUUAUUCAUUAUAAAAUUCUUUAGAGCUACUGAAACCAUAAUUAAAUAAGGAGAUGAUGGUGAUUAAUUAUUUCUAGUUGAUUAAGGACUAUUAGAUUGUAAAUAGAGAAACAAAUAAAAUGAAGAAAAAAUUGUUAAAUCUUAUUAGCCUGGAGAUUUUUUUGGUGAAAUGGCUUUGCUAUAUAAUGAAAAAAGAGCUGCAACAAUAAUGGCCUUUACAGAUUGUGUAUUAUGGGUACUUGACAAAGAAACAUUUGAUACUUUUAUUAAAUAACCUGUUUUAGAAAAACGAUAGAGGUAAUCAUCAAUUUAAUAUUAGAUAUGAUGGGAUUUUGCAAAAAUUUCCAAUUUUACAAUAAAUUGAUCCUUACCUUAGAUAAUAAAUUGCAGAUGCUUUACAUGUAGUAAGUUUCAAAGCCGAGGAUGUAGUGUUUAAAUAAAAAGAUAAAGGAGAUUAUUUUUAUUUAAUUCAAGAGGGUUAAUUGAAAGCAUUUAAAAAAGGAGAAGAAGAUGAAGAUGAAGAAUAAUGUGUAUUUGAAUUUUGUGAAUUUGAUUAUUUUGGGGAAUUGGCUAUGUUAAAAGAAAUACAUAGAUAGGCAACUAUUGUUUGUGAAACUGAUUGUAUCCUUUUAGGAUUGGACAAAUAAUCAUUUACAAAAUUAUUAGCACCUAUACAUGUAUAAUAUAAAAUAAUUUUAGGAUGUUAUAAAACAAGGAACAGGAAGAUAUCUUAAUUUUAGUUUUAAUUGA